AUGUCUGACGACUUGCGCGAUUUCGAGGAGCAGAUUAGACUUCAAAAUUCUCAGACUGUUGAUGUCGAAGUGAAAACGAGAGUCGAUCCAGAUGGGACUGUUAUGGAAUGGGAUGAACAACGCAAAGGGUGGUUUCCUAAAAUAGAUGAUGAUUUUAUUGCUCGUUAUCAAAUGAGUUACGGUGUUGCUACGAGUAAUCAGCAUGAGUCCUCUGUCGCUUCAGAUACUGCGCCCAGUACUGUAGACUGGACACGCUUCAACACAGAGUUAGCCGAACUUAGAGCGACCAAAGGUGAUAAUUCUGUGGAGGUACAACAGCUUAUGAAAGCUGCUAAUGAGUCGUUGACAGCUUAUUAUAAUUCUCCCGCCUAUCGAGAAUGGUACGAGAAUUACUGCAAGCAUAACGGAUCCCAAAAUACCCAGCCUAUUGAACAUAAGACUGAAAUAAAGAAAUCUAGCAACAAAGCAAAGCAUGAACUAAAGCCCUCGGAACGUAUGCUUAGUAGUUUCCUAGAUGAAGGAGAUGAUCCGGAUACUGCUUUGGCAAGAGUGGAAGCAGAAUUAUUAUCUGGCGCACAACCUGCAAAUUCUAACGACGUAUUGGAAGACAACGUGUGUGUAGACCAACCACCUGCUGGUGAAGCACAGGUUGCCGCAGACGAUGCAAGUGAUCAUAAUCCUCGUAAAAGAAAGCAGACAGCCCCCUUCCUGCCUGGUAUGAGAUAG